UACAAUGUUAGUAGAAUAGAAAGUUUGAUAAUUAUUCUUCUUGUUGUUUCUAGUUUCUUGCGAAAAAUUGUGUUGUUUUUCACUUUAUUAUAAAUGCUUGGUAUGUAUCCCGUAUCCUAAAUUACAUUAAGAACAGUAUAAUGGCAGAUUCAGGUGUGGACACUGGGAAUGAAAGUAGCGACAAUCCUGUUUUUGACCAUUCAUACUGUGUGCUGGAAUUUAAUCCGCCAGCGAUACCGAUCAACCUAGCAGGCCAGCCGAUGCCUAUAGACUUCCUUGGUGAGCCGCAUGAACAUAUUGGCAAGAUUAAGUGCUCUACAAAAGCGAGACACUGUAGGUUGAAGUAUCGAUAUGGAGGUACAAUUUGUUCAUCCAGAAAUAAAAAGCUCCGAUUCGCUGCCUCUACCAAUAAUACGGAGCUCGUCGAAAAGCUCCUGCUCUCAGGCGCAGAUCCGAAUUGCUCAGAUGAACAUAAAAGAAGUCCUUUGCACCUAGCGGCAUGCCGUGGUUAUGUUGAUGUUGUUAAAAUGCUAAUAAGACACGGCGCUAACCCUAAUAUCAAGGAUACCCUUGGAAAUACGCCGCUUCACCUUGCAGCCUGCACCAAUCACAUCCCUGUUGUAAUUCAAUUGCUCGAUGCAGGUACAGACGUGAGUUCACAUGAUAAGAACGGGCGUAACCCUAUUCAACUUGCACAAAGUAAAUUGAAGUUAAUACAGAUGCGCCCCAGUGGUGCGGGCCACUUUGAAGAGACCAAACAGCUCAUCAGCGAAAUUUGCUUGGUUGUUGAGAUGAUGUUAAAAUAUAUGAAGAUACAAAAGGCAGAUGCAGGAGAGUUGGAGUCUGUACGUGAGAGACUAGAGAAUGUCAGCACAAGGGAGCAAGUCGAUUCUGAAGUACAAAACCUUCUUGACAGUCUCGACUCUUUAAAACUGAGAUAAACACAGAUCACAUGAUAGGAAUUGAAGACUGUUAAUGUAAUGAUAACUGCCUAAGAUAAGAGCUCACAAUAGUUAUUAAGUAAUUCAAUUGAAAACAAAGUCAGUGUCAUUACUAUAUUAUAUUGUUAUUUUGUAGGUUAAGGUUUUGAUUGAGGAGAUAGGGAAUGAUCAGAUGAUUUAAUUUUAGGCUUAUUAUUGUGUGUCAAAAAUUAAUUCAUGUUUUCGUUUUAUGAACUAAAUGCUAAUAAUAAUAAUUACUUAAUGUGUGUUAAUAUUUUCUCAAGUAAUAAAAUUAAUAUUCUUUUUUA